AUCCCGAAUCAGCGAUGCCCAUUUGGCUGACACAAUGAUUGGUAAAGCAGUGGAGCAUAUGUUUGAAACAGAGGAUGGUUCCAAGGAUGAGUGGCGAGGGAUGGUAUUAGCACGAGCACCUAUUAUGAACACAUGGUUUUAUAUAACCUAUGAAAAGGACCCAGUCUUAUAUAUGUAUCAACUUUUAGAUGACUAUAAAGAAGGAGAUCUUCGGAUCAUGCCAGACUCAAAUGAUUCCCCUCCAGCUGAAAGAGAACCAGGGGAGGUUGUGGACAGCCUGGUGGGCAAGCAAGUGGAAUAUGCCAAAGAAGAUGGCUCAAAAAGGACUGGCAUGGUUAUUCAUCAAGUUGAAGCUAAACCAUCUGUGUACUUCAUUAAGUUUGAUGACGAUUUCCAUAUUUAUGUCUACGAUUUGGUGAAGACAUCCUAAGUGGGAUUCUGUACUUUUUUUUUUUUUUUUUUGCCAAACGUAAUCUAAUGUAAACAUUUGUAGAAAGUCGCUGCUUUCUGAUUACAGAAAUGCUCAGAUAUUCCUGCAAAUCCACAAUCCCUUCCCAGAGGAAAAAGAAAUUGAGAAACCGUUGUUUGAGAAUGUUGUUCGCUUUCCCUUACAAAGGAACAAACCACUUUCCAAGAAGACUGACGUUUUUGGGAUUAUGGAGACAUAAUGUUUUUGAAUAUAAAUCCUGAAGCAGGUGGUUUAUUUGAGCAAAUGAGUGCAAGAGACCAGCCAUGCAGUUUCUGAAAUAUUAUGACACAAUGUUACUGUAUUUCAUAAGCACUCAUUCCUAACUCUGCAAAGUAAUGUUUGGUAUACUGUAUCUGGCUUCCAUGAGGUAGUUGUCCAUUAUUUCAGCUUCCAUUGACCUAUUUGAAAGCAGUAAAAGUUAUCGAUUCUUUUAUUUUUCCCUAUUUUUUUUAUUUUCUCCUCCAUAGCCCAGUUAAAUGUUGCAAUGGUUAAGUAUUUGACUUGUGCCUUCUGGGGGUCUUGCAGUCCUUUGCAAAACAUCUGGCACAAUUCAAUUAAACAUGUGAAUUAUCCAUUAGCUGUUUGUUCAACAUCACAUUUUAUGUAAACAUCAGUGCUGAGAGCAAAACUGUAUUGUUACAAAUAGACAUUUCCGAAGUGGCUUGAACCUAGACAUGUCUUAGGUUAUGGGGCAACUGUGCACCAUGUUUAAUUGUGCUGAAAGUAUUUUUCCAGUGUUACAUCUGUCAUGAAAAGUGGGAAGUGAUCAUGCUUUCCACAUUUUAGAGUUUUUGUUCAGUCUUCUUUUUGUGUCCUGUUUGGUAAACUUGUUCUUCAAGUUCUAAAGGAAAAUGUAUAACUUGUUUGAAUUCAACAGCGAUAAACUACUUUUCAAAUAAAACGAAUGACUGAGUGAAGAGAAGUAUUUUCUGUCAUGAGAUCGAUGUAAAGACUGACCAAACUAGGAUUUUCAGUGCAGUUUUUUUCACACUACUAAGCAGAAUUCCAGAGCUACACCAUCAGAGGAACAUGUUCUGUUCCUAAACAAGUAUAACAAAAGCAGCACAUUUUUCUUUGUCGCUGUGUUGGGCAAAAAUCUGUUCAAACUGUUGGAGAGCUUGAUUCUGCUGCAUGCAAAUGAAGGGGAAGCCAUAAAAUGGCUUGAGAUAAGUCUUGAACACUAAUAUUGCGCAUCUUGUAUGUUCAAACAAAGAGAACUUUUACAAUGCAGGAUAACUAACGUAAAUAGCUAUUUCAAUAGGAGGGCUGGUAAUUGUCCCUAUUUUUUAUUUUUUGUUCUUAGUCUGUUUUCAGUUUGUUUGUUUUUUGUAUGUUUUCCACUGCAUUAUGUCACGUGUUUAAGACAAACCUCCUUUGCCAUGUAACAUUUUCCUCUUAAUACAUCACAGAGCCGCCAGAGACCCUGCAGCACGAACUUAUUUCAUGUAAAUAAAGUGUUUAAAAACAAUUAUGUUGUCAUAUUACUUGGCACAUGUUCUCUGCGGGGAGACUUUCCUAGCACACAGUCACUGAGGAGGGACUUCUUGUACUCCCUGUACAUGCAUUGAAAUCUAAAAGUAUAAUGCACUGCCUAGUCAAAAUUUUUACACUCCAAAAAAAUGUUAUGCUUAUGUCUAAAAUGCUAUGCGCAAUAUGUCCCAUCAUCUUGCUAUUAGUAUGGGGUUUGUGUACUGUGGCAUUCAUUAAAUUAAAAUAAAUACAAUUUUAGACACUUGCAUAAGCUUACAGAUGUUUGUUGCCAAUAUGGUUUACCUUUUAAUAGUGGAGUUCGGUCAAGUCCUUGAAUUUUGAAAUUAAAUUCCUACAUAACCUUACUGUCAUUAACCUCUCAGCCAUGGCAUUAAGGAUGAAUAGGUGUACUCUAGACAUAAGAUGCAUAGGGGCAUAUUCAAUUGGGUACGCAAUUAUUGCUAUACAAAUUACUGCAGCUAUCACAAUCGUACGCCCCCUAUACCUGCAGUAUCCAAUUGAAAAAAAAAAUGUUUACAGCACAAACUCACAUGAGUAUUUUUAAAUUCAGCCUGCACCAGUCCUGUAGUGUCUUCUGUACCAUAGAGGAGGAACAGACAGUAAUAUCUGUGUAAUGACUCAGUAGGACUUAAAACUGAGGCUUUUUAAUUAGUGACUUGCUGAAAAUAUUCUACCCAUCUUGUGCGGCUAGUUAGAUCUAUGUUUUGAUGCAAUUUCGUUGCAGUCUAAAGAGAUUUUCCCUAAUAAUCGGUGCACUUAUUUUUCAUCUAUCUGACUUGGAUAUUUUUUGGAAGCUUCUCCCUUAUUGAUGACCCGACUUCUUUCCAUCAUCAGGCAAUGACUCUCUUCUCUGGGCUUCCUCACUGGGGCAAUGCUCUGGGGAGUCCAAGCAGAGGCUGGAGGUCCAUACAGUCUCAGACCCCUCCAGCCCUAGGCUGCAGGUAAGAAUCUGUCCAGAUCAUACUUUGACAUAAGUCUAUUUACAGAGAACGCUAGCUGAUGGCAGUGCAGGGAGCUGGGGGUAUUUAUAUGCUGAAUGACUGAGCUAAUUGGAAACAUCCAAUUGCCUAAUUAGUCAUUAGGAAGGGAGGCGUCCGUGGGGUUCUGAUGCUUUUCCUGGCAUUUUAAACUUAAAACAGGAAUUUUGGCUUACUUACCACCUACCGUGGAGCUGUGAAGAAUAGGCACUGCAGUUCUCAUAGAAAUUACUGCAACUGUUUUUCCCCCGCUACAGUUGAAUAGGAAAAAGCUUGCUGCUCAGACUCCUUGCCGCUGUAUUUUUCAAAAUACGCCCCCAAUUGAAUAUGCCGCAUAGUGUCUGAGAGUACAGGACAUGUUUUUAAAUCUGUCUGCUUUGGUUGUAAGUGGAAUGUAGAUUUCACUUGAACUUUAUGUACAUUUUUUAGGGCAUUUUGGAGAAUUUUUUUUGCCCCUUUUUAAGUAGUUUUUAUUUUGUUUUGUUUUGUUCCUCUGCGCUGUUUUAGCACUUAACCUAUUGGUACACAACAUAGCUGAACUGCUACUACUUUAGAGCUUACAAAUUCUGGAUUUCAAUUGCUGAUUUCUGUCACACUUAAUAUGUACCCUUCUGAUAUAUCCCUCAAUAGUUUUGUUUCCUUCUGUUUGCAAUUAUCCAUUGCUACUAUUUUGUAUUAUUAUUAUUAUUAUUUUUUUUAAGUUUGUAUUUUUUUCUUCGGCAGUAAAAGGGAGGGUAUGCAGUAAACAGAAUCUCUAUUUGUUUUUGUGUUGCACACGAAUAAGCUCUUCAAGCAUAUAUGUUUCUUGUGUAUUGAACAAAGUAUGUAGAUUUGCAACAGUGUUUCUAUUCUGCAGAUCUCUAAAGUGAUUUUUAUUGACUCUGAAGAGUCCUGCAUGUAAAUCUCAAAGCUGAGCCUGGCUCCGUGAGCCCCAACUAUUGUUUGUAACACUAGUAUGUGCAAUACAGUGUGCACAAAAUGUAUCAGUAAAUUUGGUUACAAUGUGUCCUUGAGUUUUUGCUUUUCAACCUUUUUUGAGCUGUUGUGAAUGCUACAUUUCAUCUUUGAUUGUCAGGGGGAUACUUGUUAUACUCCUGUUUCUAUGUAGAUACUACUUUAUUAUUUUAUUUAUUUUUUUUUAAAAAAAAUUUCACCUGUUGCAUCAGGUGCAUGUAUAUUGCAGACUUUUUUUUUUUAAAUCAUUCAUCUCCUUUUUUGAGUUUUUGUUAGGGCUCAUGUUUCAGAUCUGCAUGCAGUGCUUACAUUUGCUCUGUUAAAUUAAAAGUCAGUACCUGGAUACAAAGGGGUUGACAUUACUGUCCAGAAAUUUCACAGGACUCAGAACUGCUAGCUGUGUUUCUUUGUAAACCAAUUUUUGGCCUUUUAUUUUUCUGCUGUACAAUUGUAUUGUGUAUGCGUGAUGUCAGGCUGCCAUGUAAUAUUACAUAAAAAAAUAUAUAUAAAGAAUAUAAUUGAGCAGACCAUUCUUUUUUUGCAUGCUUAGGUAGUAUGUUAACUGAAACAAAUAAAGUUGCAUGUUUAAAUGGAUGAUUUUAAUUUUGCUGAUUUUCCCCUUUUUUACAUAUAAUUUGCAGUCUUUACGACUUUGUACGUUUUGUUUACCAUGUUUUGAUGGAUAAAUGUAGGAUAUCCGUUUUAGUGAUGCAAGCUUGGUGCCAACAGACAGUAAUGUUCCAUUUUAUGUAUUUGGUGCAUUUACAGGGACUACACUUUUAUAUAAAGAAAUAAAAUGUAAAAUACAUUUUUUCUCUGUCAUUGGAAUAUGCCAAUCAUUAAAAAAAAAACUUGAUUUCA